AUGCAGCACUGCGUGGGCUCCCCGCAGCAGUUCUGCUUGCGCUGGAACAAUUACCAGAGCAGCAAUUUGACCAACGUGUUCGACCAGCUGUUGCAGAGCGAGAGUUUUGUUGAUGUGACGCUCGCGUGCGACGGACACUCCGUCAAGGCGCACAAGAUGGUACUGUCGGCGUGCUCGCCGUACUUCCAGAGCCUUUUUUUGAAAACCCUUGCCAACAUCUCUAUCGUCAUUCUCAAAGACAUCAAGUGCCCGAGCUGA